GGCUCGCCUGCCUACAUUGAGUGAGUUCCACGCUACAAACGGCGCAGAAGAAAGCGCCGCCAUGAUGGAAAAGUCGGAAACGGUUUCGCCAGUAGGAACAGGAGGAAACGGAAAAUUCGCCGCCUGUUGAUUUUUCCCCCUUUGUAUACGCGGCUAUGAUAUACUUUCUGACCUUGCCUGUCGGCGGGAAUACGCUCAAGCCAAGAGGUGAUGGAUAUACGACAACAACAACAACAAGCGGGGUUAGCCUGUGCAACCCCUGUAAUCUCGUUGUUGAAGCUAAGAAACUUUCUCUUCGAACCCAGGUUCAAGUCCCAACGUGCUGAUGGCCCAGGUACCACAUUGGAUGAAGGGCGGUCACCCCCGAUGGAAUCCCCACAGAUGCACAGUAUGUAUGGUAAUCAUGGAAACGGUGGUAGCCCACCAGUAUCCAGUCCCAGCUCUAGUGGUUCCAUGCUGGUUGUACCACAACCAAUCAAUGCGAUCUCCAAAAAUCCUGGCUCUAUAAACACUAGCAGCUCUGCCACCAAUGGAACAGGUCGAAAAUACCAAUGUAAAAUGUGCCCCCAGAUCUUUGGUUCCAAGGCAGACUUGCAGCUACACACUCAGAUUCAUAUGCGUGAGGCCAAACCAUACAAGUGUUCCCAAUGCUCCAAGGCCUUUGCCAACUCGUCCUACCUGUCCCAGCACACGCGGAUCCAUCUGGGAAUCAAACCGUACCGCUGUGAGAUUUGCCAGCGGAAGUUCACCCAACUGUCGCAUCUGCAGCAACACAUCCGGACCCACACCGGGGACAAGCCGUACAAGUGUCGUCAUCCAGGCUGCAACAAGGCCUUCAGUCAGCUCUCCAAUCUCCAGUCCCAUUCCCGCUGCCAUCAAACUGACAAACCUUACAAGUGUAACAGCUGCUACAAGUGUUUCACCGAUGAGGCCGGACUUCUGGAGCACAUCCCAAAACACAAGGAAUCAAAACACCUCAAAACCCACAUUUGUCAAUAUUGUGGGAAGUCCUACACACAGGAAACGUAUUUGGCAAAACAUUUGCAGAAACAUUCGGAUAGGAUGGAAAAGAGGUCUCACACAUCAAUGAGUAACAACACCCCAACAACACCUCAGACACCUGUGGCUCGGACCCAUAUGGAUAACUUUUGGUCAAAGAAUACUGCUUCCACACCAGGACCAGAAAAUUCUUAUUCUGAAAACUCUUCUACUGCAGCUAUCGCAGCUGCUGCUCACUCCCUUGUUCCAGAUACGUGCCUCCAGUCUCCCCUUGGAGAUCAUCCACGGCUUCAUCUAGCUUCUAGAGAUAUGGAACAUCGCCAAUCCUUGGGAAGUGGAGGAAAUGGAAGCACCACCAAUAGCAACCAAAACCAUCGAGAGCAUUCGGAAAUGGGACAUGGUGGCCUUCUUGGAUCCUCUCAGAUGUCGUAUGAUGGGAUUUCACUCUCUGUUGCCAACAGUAAGACCACUUCAGCCUUCACUCCUAUCCAAUCUGGAAUGUUACCAAUCUCUUCAGGAUCACAACUGCCACUACCAACAGCCCCAUCAAGAUCUUAUUUCCCUUAUGAACCCGUCAACUUUCCAAAAAACCCUUCACAGAUGAGCUCGAUGGACUUAAAAUCUGCUCACAACUCUUUUCCGAAUCAAUUGAUUUCCUUACAUCAGAUAAGAAACUAUGCUUCCAUGCCUUCAAUGGCAGGAGGAGAACACCCAAUUACCAUUAAAGACAAGGGUCAACCAUAGAUGGUCUUGGCUACGUCUGUAAUAUUGAUUUUAUUGUUAAACCAUGCUUCUCAUUAUAGAACUGUUUCUGGAAAAUUGUGGUACGUGAUUUUUGUUUUUGUUUUUCUUUUAUCUUGAAAUUUGCUCCUUAGAAGAAAAGAACGUGGGAAAAAAACUGUUCCGUAAUCUUAUAUCAAGAGUGCCACUUCGUCCAGUGUACCUACAACGUUUUAGACACACAUUUCAGAAAAGAAAGAACUGCCGAAGUGCAACAUGGCACAAAAGGCUUUGACACCGGUGAAAUAUUACAUCAGUAGACGUGAUGUUAAAUGUGUUUGUGGACAUAUUCCCUCAGCUGCUUCACUCACUUUACUACAAAGUGGUAAUCAACGUGGGAAGCAGAUUAAUAGACUAAGAAGAAAAAAAAAAAAAAAAGACUCACUCCAGCGUAAUUAAAAUUCAUUUUCAAACCAUCAUGAAGGAAUAACAUACAUAGAUCGGGAUUUCUCAAAUACUUCAUAAUGAUGUCUGUUCGUAGAAAAACAAAACACAAAAAAAAACUAGCCCAGCUCAACUUACUUUUACAGAACUUGAAAAAAAAAACUGGUUUAGAUUAUUCUAACAAUAGAUAGUAAUCGAAUGACAUUUUUGUCUCCUUUUUAUGGUAACGUCUGAUCAAAUUUAGUUCAAUUUUUGGUGCCCAGUUGAGCAAUAGAUGGUAACUUCUGAAGUUGGUGCCUUUCGAAACACACACACACUGUAAACGUAUAUAAAGAGUAUAUAUAAUUAAUUCUAUAUAUAUAUAUAUAUAAAUGAACCUUUUCAUUGCUUCUUAAAUCAUAUACAUCGUGUACACAAGAAAAAAAAAAAGAAAGAAACCAAAACAGUCAGAAUAUCAUAGCCUAAUUAUAGUAUCAGCUGUGAUAAUACCCCUGUUGUGACGUUAGUGUCCUUAGCGAGAUUUUAUUGCAGUGAGUAUUCCUGUGUUAUUAUUAUAGGUCUGUAUGUUCUGGUUAAUAUAUAUAUAUAUACAUAUAUAUAUAUAUAUAUACAUCAGUGAUGGACCGCUGUGUAGUAUCGUCGACUGUUGUGGUGUUUGAGGUUUAGCUAAAAUACAGGUGGUAGAAUUGCGUGAAACGCUAGGAUUUUUGGGUAUGACAAUGGUGUUUGAGGUUUAUCUAAAAAUACAGGUGGUAGAUUUGCGUGAAACGCUAGGAUUUUUGGGUAUGACAAGAUAAAAUCUUCAACCAGGUUUUACUGUGAUUAGGAUAAAAAAGUAAUAAAAGAAUGAAAAUAUUAGACUUCUUUUUUUAAAUCAGGACAUAUGUAGGGAAGUUCUCAAACUCACUUAAAGUAGGGGGACUUUUGCUCAUAAAAAUUAAAACAUUUCACUCUUCAUUUAGCCAUAACUUAUCAUUAGAAUCCACACGAUUUUUUGUAAAUACUUGCAUGUGUUUGUGUGGUUGUUGUUGCCAUAGUUAAGUUCAAAACGCACAUUUCAAGAAAGCGACACCUACAGGAUCUAAGCUGUGUUAUUUUGUCUGUUGUUUUAACAUUAAGUGGUAUGAAGUUUUAGUCUUUUAAACCUGAUGUACAUUAGAUAAUAACCACUGCCUCUUCAUAUUUUUUACGAACCUGUUGUACAAGAACACCUCAAGCAUCAGUAAGUUUUGGCUUGGAAAAAGAAACAAAAAUGGCUGUAUGUGUUAGUUGGGUUUCGUUCCGUCAGGGGGACGUUAUUUCUUAUUGACUUAUUAAUUACACGAACAUUUUUAGUUAACGGUUAAAGCUUCGGUAUACUGUAGUAUGGUAGGAUAAUUUUUAUAUCGUAUGUCAUUUAGCUAGCACUUAUCCGUAUUGUUGACUUUAUUCCGAUUUUUGUUCUUAUUGUGAGAGAUCUUAAAGUUAAAACUAACAGAAUAUUCUGUUUUGUUUGUUUGAUAUUUCUUCAAUUUCCAUCAAUAGCUAGAUUUGAUUUGCCUUUGCUGUUGUGUCCCCCUCCCCCCCUUCUCCCACUUCAGUUCGUAACCAAAGAUUUGCGAUACCGGUUCUGUAUACAAGGUGAUCUGCAAUAGAAAGAAGUAUGAAAUGACGGUUGAGCGGAGCGGUACUUAAGUUUCGAAGAUCCCCCUUGUGCCUCGGGGGUAAGAUGUAGAGCUAAAAAUUCAGGUUUCGGUUCUCGCGGUGGGUACAGCGCGGAAACUCAUUGUGUAGCUUCGCAAUAAAAGAAAAACAAAAAAAACCAAUGAAAUGUUGAGAAGAAAAAUAGAUAAAAGAAACCAUUUUGCAAUUCUAAGAAUAAAACAGAUUUGCAAAAUUGUUAGACAGUUUGAGACAGUAGAUUUUGCAGAUUUUCAUAUCAAAACUUAAUUCUAAUUCUGUUGGCUAUAAAAUCCUUGUAAAGAGGAUUUCAACUGUUUAGUUCGAUAAAUAAUGAUAACUACGAAAAUGUCUGGUUCCCUCCAUACAUCGGAGUGGAGAUGAAGCUGUCAGUCUGACUCCGUACGCCGUGAAUAGAGUUAAGACUAUCAAUCUUAUUAGCUCCACACACCGUGAAUAGAGUUAAGACUAUCAGUCGUCUGAUUGGCUCCAUGCGCCGUGAAUAGAGUUAAGACUAUCAAUCUUAUUAGCUCCACACACCGUGAAUAGAGUUAAGACUAUCAGUCGUCUGAUUGGCUCCAUACGCCGUGAAUAGAGUUAAGACUAUCAAUCUUAUUAGCUCCACACACCGUGAAUAGAGUUAAGACUAUCACUCGUCUGAUUGGCUCCAUACGCCGUGAAUAGAGUUAAGACUAUCAAUCUUAUUAGCUCCACACACCGUGAAUAGAGUUCAGACUAUCAAUCGUCUGAUUGGCUCCAUGCGCCGUGAAUAGAGUUAAGACUAUCAAUCUUAUUAGCUCCACACACCGUGAAUAGAGUUAAGACUAUCAGUCGUCUGAUUGGCUCCAUACAUAGUGAAUAGAGUUUAUUUUUCAAAAUAAUGCGAAAAACAUUAUUUGAGUACAAUUACUGAUGAUGUAAAACCUCGAAUUUAUUAUUUAAAGAUAAUGAAGUUUUCUUCUUUUAUAGAAUGGUUUAUCUUUGUCAUCAAUACAUGCUGUAAACUAAGGUAUUCUUGAGCAGCUUAAUUGUUAUAAGUACUAUUUCCAUGGAAACCUGUAUUUCGUUACUUAGGGUUUAGGUGCUAUGGCGCAUCAUACAAAGUAACAUUGUUCUUACUGUUGUUAGUUUGAAACGUCACGUAAGAGUUUGUUCAGCGUGAAGUUUACUAAGUUUAAUUUUACUGUUUUUACAAAUAGUUAACUAUAAGUUACAGCAUUUCAUAGAAAAGGUGUGUAAUUUAAAAGGGUUUCGGCGUUUGUUCUAUUCAAGCAUUUAAUUCACUGCCCUAAUAUUGUUAAAUCGUGUAUAUUGAUUAUAUAAAGCAGUGUUACAUAUCUAGGGACUAUCAGUGCAUUGUUUCAACUCCAUAUUGCUGUGUGUAAGUUUCUGAAAAACCGAGAAGAAUCAGUUUAUUUGCCAUCUACAUGUUACAAUGGUCCUUUUAGACAGUUUAUCUAAAUAAAACGGCGAAAUUUGCACGAAUUUAUGUGUAAACAAAUGAAAAAUUUAAGCUUUGUCCAAAACAUAAGCUUGACAGCUUUUCAUUAAACUUGUAUGCGUGUUAGCUGUGUGCACUCCUUAGAAAUCUGUAUAUAGUUGAACGAUUUUCUACAGUUUUAUUUGCACGUGGUUUUAUACAGAACCGACUACAGUGGUCAAAAUUAACACUGUCUAAAUUAUUUCAGGUUUUAGGCUUAUAUGGUUCCGUGAAUUGAUAUGAGAGCUUUGAGCGUUCUUAGCAUGUAAUGCUUAGUGUAGUGUCCUAUACUGUUGAUAGUGGCGAGUGAAAAACUGUCUUCGUGUAAACUGAUCAAGUUUGAAAAAUGUUGUUAUAGAGGGCGUGAUAUUUGCCGAAUAACUACGUGAGCAAUGUUUUUACUUUCUUAGAAAAAACGAAUAAUUGGGAAGAAUAAUACAAAAAAAAAAAGAAUUUAUAGUCGUGCUGCAAAUUCUUUAGUUAUGAAACGUGGUUUUUAUUCGUUCAUAUCUAGUGACAUAUUUUUUUUUAUUAUUAUUAUUAUUACAGUAGAUUUAGAGGCAGAUAUUUUGGUUUAUCAAGUUUCCAUAAGUGUUCAACGAGUGUACGUAAGUGUUAUUGCUAUAUUCGUUAGCGAUUUGAACGCUUGCUCAGUAACAAGAUGAACUUGACACAUUUUUUUUUAAAGAAUAUAAAGCACAGGAAACAUUCCGGUUAUUAAACAUACAUUUUUAGAAUAGACUUGUAUGUGUAUGCACACAGAAAAUCGACAUCGCAUCAGCGAAUAAUAACUAUUAGGCCUACUUUAAGUUGUUUUGUUUUUUAGCCCUGUAUUUAUUAUAAUUUUGCAUCUCAUACAGAAGACUUUCCCAUAUUAUUUGAAUUUAUUUUGUUUUUUGUAAUUUCUCAGCUAAUAACUUUUUUUUUUUUUUACAUCAAAAGAGUCAAAAACGCGUUGAUAAAUUCCCAGAACAUGGGGUGAGAGAUGUCUUUUGGGAUGUUCAUUGGAGCUAAAUAGUUAUUUACUCUUAUUCUUUUCCUUUUUUAAAAACAAACUUAGAUAGCAAACCUUACAAGUAAGAAGAUUUUAUGAAAUCUUCUUAAGUUACCUACCUAAGGUCUUAAUUUUGUGACUUUCCUUGAUGAUCCAAUCCAGUACAAGAUAGAAUGAAAAUUACAGUUUGUACAUGUAAAUAUAGACAAAAAAAAAAAGUGCAAAAAAUAGUGUAAUAUAAAAUACAAGAGUGCUAACAAUUUUUUUUAUCAUAUUCAAGAAAACAUCUCGGAAGAAAUGUCUAUCUUUAAUAGUGUUUUAUCCAAUCAUCGUCAUCAGAAUGGUCAUUUUUUAUAGUCUCUAAAAUUAUUUUUGUUUUAUAGUUAAACACGAUUUAGCUUGAUUGUGUGUGUGUGUGUGUGUGUGUGUGUUUUGGUUUCGUAUGGCUCUACAUUGUUUUCUCUGCAAUUUGGGAUUCAUUAUUUUUCACAACAUAAAAGUACCUACGAGUUGAAAAUUUGUGGCUUUCAAACUUUCGAUUCUGAAUAGGCUAGUAGCCAUGUUUGUUGUAUUCAUAAACAUUAGACUUGUUGGUUGUUCGGUUAGAAAAUAUAAGAACAUUUAUUUCAUUGAAUCUGGAGUGUCUUGAGUUGGAUGAAAAGAAAAAUGGUUGGCUGACUUGGGAGUUGAUUCGAUAUGGUAAAAACAUUCUGUGGGUUGUAUUUCAAAAAAAAAUAAUAAUAAUAAUUCGCAAAAAUAAGCAAUCUUAUUUGUUCGAUGGGAUAAAGUUGGUAGCUGUAUUUGUCAACCUUAUAAACGUCAAUGGUUCGUUUAUCGAAAUACAGUUCUAAAUACAGAAUAUAACACUCGUUUGCGUUUAGCCCUAAGUUAUAUGCAGAUUGCCAUACUAAACUCUGAAUAAAAGAUAUGAUUAAAAUAUAAGGAUUGUUAAAAAAAAUGGUUUGUUUGGUAGUAACUUGUGCACAGCAGUCUGUUUUACAUUCUAAGUGAUCCGAGGUACUAAACCUUCUGCUCUGUCAUGUUUGUUGUUUGCUAAAUGAUUGUCAUUUGUAGACAUAAUAACCUCUCUAAUUUGUUAAAAAAAAACAUACCGUUUUUCAUUAUAUUUUUGGAAUUUGCAAAAUAUCACAAAGAAUUUGUUUGUUUGUAGUUAAGCACAAAGCUGUACAAUGGGCUAUCUGUGCUCUGCCAAUCACGGGUACCUAAACCCGGUUUAUAACGUUGUAAGUCCGCAGACAUUCCGCUGUGCCACUGGGGGGGGGGGGGGGGCAAUCUCAGGGUGAAAUCUCCUGCAAACUUAUCAAUUCGCUUUGGCAAAUGAUAAAAGUACUUUAAUUAUAGUGUAAAGUUUAAAAGAAGAAAAAAAGCAUUUGCUUUACAUAAGUCGUAUGUUCUAAUAUAAGCCUUAUUUCUGUGUCUGUUAAUUUCCAUUUCCAUAUCACUCAAAAUAUAGCAUAAAAAAACCAAUCAGUAUCUUUGUUUGUCUAUUCAAUGAUAAAAAUUCAAGCUUAGUUUGCAAAUGCAGCUUUUUAACGCUUUUUUUGUAUGAGAAAGAAAUAACUGUUUCAAAUGGAAGCUAUUCGCUGUUAGAAGUAUAGUAUCAUGAACUGUUUUUAAUUCUCCCUCUCUCUCUUUCUCUCCCCCCUCUUUUUUUUUGUUGUUGUUCUUAACUGGCAUUUCAAUAUUAAUCGGUGUUGACUGUUAAUUCAAAACAACACGCUCUUUGGGCGAAGUUUGUCUCAGCGUUAAGGUGUUUUGUCUAACGCUUGCUAGAAAAGAAUGAAAUUAUACAAUAAUUUUUACAGAGGAUUCCUGCUUCCGUUGUUAUACGUUUUUAUAAAACAAUCGCAGGACUCAACUGAGUCUUGUAAUGUACAUUUUUAGAAUCAUCUAAAUACGUCGUCUUUGUUCUUCUGAAGUUUAAGCACUGUUGAGAAAGCUUUCAUUUCUGAAAUAGGUGGUCCCCCCGGUGGGACAGCGGUAAUUUUACGGACUUACAAUGCUAAAAUCAGGAGUUCGAUUCCUCACAGUGGACACAGCAGAUAGCCCAGUGUAUAUUUACUCUAAAAUAAACAACCUAAAAUAGCUGUGAUUUUUUUUUGUGUGAAGAAGUAAAUAAAGUAGAUGGACAGUAUGCCGAUCAAAUAAGUAAAGAAAUCCUACAUUCAUAGAUUAUAACACACUAAAAUGCGUUUGCUUUUUUUAUAUCUUUCAAACAAUUUACUUCAGAAUUAACACUCCAUCAUUGAAACUGAUUAAUUACUUUUAUCGAUCCAGUUCAUGUGUUUGUGGUGUAUGUUUCCCCCAAAGAAAAAUGAUGGAAGAGUGUUAUAUUACUUUUAAAUUUUUUUCUUUUUUUUUUGUUGUUGAGUAGAUUACAGAGUUAGAUGAAAUCAGAAAAUUUAUUAAAGCAAACCACUUAGAAAUAUAUCAGAAUCAAAAUGUGGAAGAUUUUUUUUUCUCUGUUCUUUUCUAAAUCAUUUAAGGAACUGGUCACCAGGGGGAAAUAUAACCCUAAGCCUAAAACAAAGAAAAGAAUAAAUAACGCUAAAAACAAAUAUAGUGAACUUCUAAAUGCUAUAUAAGUAGGUCUGAAAAACAACAACUUUGUAAUAGUUUGAAUGUCUUUAUUUUGUUUAUAUUUUAUUCUUACGCCUCUAGACUUAAGUGGCACGAGAUGAUUAAAUAUUCAUGGUAUUUCUCUCACUCGGAAAGGGUCGUUUUUCUUUGUAGUUAAUCAACUUGCUAGGAUAAGGCUUAAACACAGUAUAUGUGUUAAACAUAACAAUUCAUUUUUAUUUUAAGCAUCGGUCAUUCUGGAAAAAAUUUCAGUAGCUAGCACUUCAAAAAUUAGCUUGUAAAUAAAUGCCACACAAGGUAGUUUCGUCGUUUCGUUUUGACUUCAGACUUUUCCUAAAGGGAAUCAUAGAUAACCUGAACUGGUAUUAGUUAGUGGUACAGCAUACAUUAAUUUACGUAUUUGUUGCACGUAUCUAAAAGUCGUGUUUACUUGUGAGUGGGACUCCAAAAAUAGGUUGAGAAAUGAAUGUGGUACGAACAUUCGAUAGGAGAUGAUAACUGUCUUUUAAGAACUUUUAAUUAGGGUUGGCUACUAAUAAAAAGAUUAAAGUAUUGUAGAAUAGCUAGAAUAUGGUAAGUAGACGGAGCUUGAAAAGUAGAUGUUUUAUUGUGUGUGUAUAACUUUUAAGCUACAAGUUCUAAAAGAAACUGUAUUACAUUGUAUUGUGGUUUGGAAAUAUGUGGGUGUAAAUAUGAAUAAUACGAAAUUAAAAAAAAAAAGCAAAAAUAUUAAACUCUUGUACAUAUAAAGGGAAGUUUUAUUAAUAUUUUAGGUUUGGAUUGGAAGUAUUUCAUAAACAUUUUCGUUUCUUUCCACAACACGUGACAUCAAGAAAUAUGAGGUGAAAUUAAAUAAAGAAUGUAUGUAUUAAUACUGUGAUAAUGAGAAAGAAAUAUUGUGGAAUCAAGUAAUACUGGACAACAUAUUUCGGAAAAAGGAUUAGAUGCCGAGCAUCAAGUGAAAGAAAAAAUAAUAAUUUUGGUUACUUACUAAAAUGAUGAGUGUGUCGGUGACGUCUGAUAAAUAACGCUUGUGUUGUGGUUAAAAGUUUAAAAACUUAUUGUCCCCGGAGCUGAUAAGAAGUGUGAGAAAAUACGUUGGCUCAGGUUUUUUUGCUACUAGGUACAAAAUAAAAUUCUAGUUAUUACGUUUAUAAAAGAGGUGGAUAAUAAUUCAAUGUAAAUACGAGUUGUUGCCUUUUUUUUUUUUUCGGCAAGUUUGUUAAAUGUGUGUUAAUAGUUAGUGAUCAAAACAACAAUGAAAUAAGUUAGGAAGGCCCAAUCAAUGAGUUACGAAACAAUGGGCUGGUUACACAGAAUUGGAUAUGGAGCACACGUACUUGAUGUCGCGUUCGUCUUGUUGUGAAGGGAUCGCUCGUAUUGAAAUUUUACUUUCUACUGUUGAAAUGAUGUGUUAAUUGUUAUCCUGGAGAUGGGCUAUUGACAAGAGAUGGCGCUUUCUGCUGUCAACCGACUUAUAUUACAUAUAAGUAAAAGAAAACUUGUUUUUAAAAUUGUGUUGUAAGAAAUGGUCUAUUGUUUUAAGCUGAUGUGUGCUCUUUUUUUUUUUUUGUCUCUGUACACUGUCCGUGAACUGUCACUGUAUACUGCUUCAAUAAAGUACUUCUUUGGGAUUA